AUGUUGAAUGAGAUGCUUCAGUUACAAGAAAGGAUGUUUAAAACCCUUGUAGAUUCGCUUUUGAGCAAUUUCAAUUCUCGACUAGAUUCAGUGGUUGGAACUGUGGCUGAACUUAAGACUCGCCUAACAUGAUAUGCCAGAAGGACACAAAAGAAUUCAAACAAAGUCUUGAAUUCUCUCAGAAAGAUAUCGACGAGCUAAAGCCGUGUAAAACCAAACUUGCUGAGAUAGAGGAUGACAUCGAGGACAUCUACGACUCUAUCGACUACCAUAUGGACAAAUUAGAAUAUUUGGAGAAUCAGAGUAGACGAAACAACAUCAGAAUUUAUGGGAUCUUAGAAGAAGAAAACGAAUCGUGGGACACUACAGAGGAAAAAGUCAAACAAGUUCUAGCUGAGAAGCUCAACCUUGAAGAAGCGCUCCACAUCGAACGUGCUCAUCGUGUCGGUAGGGUUGCUUCUGGCCCUAGAAGACGCCCUCGCACAAUUGUGGGCAAACUUCGAGACUUCAGCAAAAGGAGAAAAUAUUGA